UCACUGUGGUUUAACCUCAGACCUUAAAAGCUUCUGCAAAACAGACGGCGCCAAAACACACCGUGAAAGUGAUCUUAGCGAUCGGGAAGACAGCAGACAGCAGACAGCAGCUCAUCUUUAUUACUAGUCCCAGUUUUUCUCAAAUAACAUAGAAAUAGAGAAUCAACAAUGAACAUAAUUGAGUCUGUGACCUCGUUCAAUGGGCUGACUUCAGAAUAUGAUUAUGAAGAUUCUUCCACAACUAUGGGUGAUUAUGAAGAUGGGUCAAUAUGUGAGAGAUCAUCAGUGCGAGAGUUUCGAAGGUACUAUGAGCCUGCUCUCUAUUGGCUAAUUGUAAUUCUGGGAGCCGUUGGCAACAGUCUUGUAGUCUGGAUAUACACAUACUCUAAAAACCGCCUGAAGUCGAUGACAGAUGUUUAUCUACUGAACCUGGCUCUGGCCGACUUGUUCUUCCUCUGCACUCUGCCCUUCUGGGCUGCCGAUUCCAUCUUUGGUUGGACUUUUGGCUCGGCCCUCUGCAAAAUCGUCUCUGCCAUUUACAAAAUCAACUUCUUCAGCAGCAUGUUUCUACUUACCUGCAUCAGUGUUGAUCGCUACAUAGUGAUUGUCCAGACUACCAAAGCGCAGAACUCCAAAAGGGAUCGUCUCCUGUACAGCAAACUCAUUUGCGUGUUUGUCUGGCUCCUGGCGGCUGUGAUAUCCAUUCCAGAGUUUCUCUUUGCUCGUUUGAAAAUGAAUGAGGAGGGCAAUAAUAUUUGCAUGAUGGUCUACUGGUACAAUGAAAACAAUCAAACAAAAAUAUUGGUCCUCGCUCUCCAGAUUUGCAUGGGCUUCUGCAUCCCUCUCAUAGUGAUGAUCUUCUGCUAUGCCAACAUCAUCCGCACCUUGCUCAAGACGAGGAACUUUGAGAAGCACAAGGCCCUGCGGGUCAUCCUGGCAGUUGUGGCGGUGUUUGUUAUCUCUCAGCUUCCAUACAACGGCCUGUUGGUCUUCGAAGCCACUCAGGCAGCCAAUAUGACCAUCACAAACUGCGAAGAGGUCAAGCGCUUUGACAUCGCCGGCCAAGUUAUGAAGAGUCUCGCUUACAUGCACAGCUGCCUAAAUCCGUUCCUUUAUGCCUUCGUUGGAGUGCGUUUCCGAAAAGAUGUGAUUCGAAUUUUCCACAACCUUGGCUGUGUUCCAACCCAUAAGAGCCCCAAGAUGCCACGCCCCUCUAUUAUGUCAGACACAGACACCACCAAUGCACUCUCAUUGUGAUUAUUGUCAGAACACUGUUAGUGAAGUUUGCUUAGCAAAAGCUUCUGUUUUGCUGCAGGUGCUUAGCAUCUGAGUUUCAAAGCAGAAGUCUGAGGUUCCAUAAAAGCAUGCUUGAAAACAUGCUGUCUGUAAGAGAGUGAAGUAACCUGCUCACCACAAUGAGAUGGCUGCAGCCUUGGAUAUUGCAUAACAAGAGUUCUCUUUGUUUGGCUGGGCCAUUAAUAUGAAUGUCAAAUCCACGAACCGUGGCAGGGAAAGUGCAUGGUUACUGUUUUGUCCAUUUAACUGUGACAUUAUUUUCCAUCUCUUGUUCAGCAUUAAUAUCUAAAUGUUGUAUAGCAACAUGAUUUGUCAUGUACAAGCACUGAAUUUGUUCAAAAAGUAUUUUUCUUCCAAAAAAUUAUUAAUGUUUAUAAAUGUUAUUAUAUUAUGAUAUUUUUGUCUCGUCGUUGCUGCAAAAGUAUAACUGUGAAUGUUUUUCUUCAUGAUUUAAAGCCAGUUGUGUACAUUCAGGGUAUUUGUGCAUAUGUUUUGUUUUUACAUCACACAAGAAAAUAAUGUAUAUAUAUAUAUAUGUAUUUGCUGCUCCUUUUGUAAAACUUCAAACAGUAUAUUAAAUACAAGUUAGGCUUGAAA